AUGACACGUGGAAAAACUAAUGAAAGAAUUCGUGCAGCAAGAGUUGAACCAUCAGAAUAUGCAUCAGCAUAUCGUGCUAUUGAAGUUCUUGAAAAUCUUCAAACAAGACCAAAUGAAUUUAUUAAAACAUUAGCUGAUAUACCUGAUUAUACAUUUGCACAUCAUCCUGAUAAGGAAACAUUUGGUGCUAGACAAAUUCUUGAUAUUCAAGAUGAACAACAAACAAAUGGAAAAAUUUUUAAAAAGUUUAUAUUAGGUGAAUAUAAAUUUCAAACAUUUCGACAAAUAUCUAAACGUAUUGAAAAUAUUGGUCGAGGUUUGUUAUCACUUAAUCUUACAUUAGGUGAUAAAAUAUUAAUUUAUUCUGAAACACGUUACGAAUGGUUAUUAACAGCAUUUUCGGCUUUUCGUCAUGGUUUAACUCUUGUUACACUUUAUUCAACAUUAGGUGAAGAUGCUAUUAAAUAUGGAAUUAAUCAAUCAAAAGUUAAAAUUGUUAUCACAUCAUAUGAAUUAAUUUCUAAACUUAAAAAUAUUUCAGAUGAAACAGAAGACGUUCGUUAUAUUAUUUAUUUUCCACCAAUUUUAAAAACAGAAUCAAUUAAAUUACCUGAAACUAAAAAUAAUAUUCAAUUUAUUUCAUUAGAUCAACUAGAAUUAAAUGGAAGCAAUGCAUUGAUUGAUGAAGAUAUUUUAAAACAACGGCCUGUCGAAACAGAUACUGCUGUUAUUAUGUAUACUAGUGGUAGUACAGGACUACCAAAAGGUGUUUUAAUAAGACAUGAAAAUAUAAUUGCUGGAAUGACUGGUCAACAAUCACGUUUACUUUCAAUGGUCAAUGUUGAUACUGAUAUAUAUAUUGCUUAUUUACCAUUAGCUCAUAUUCUUGAACUUUGUUGUGAAAUUUGUAUGUAUUAUUUGGGUAUUAAAUCUGGUUAUUCAUCUCCACAAACAUUAACAGAUCAAUCAACAGGAAUAAAACAAGGAGCAAAAGGAGAUUUACAAAUACUUCGUCCACACUUGAUGAUUACUGUACCAGCAAUUCUUGAUCGUAUUCAUAAAGCUAUUAUUGAAAAAGUGAAUCAAUCAAAUUAUUUUCGACGUUCUUUAUUUCGUAUUGCAUAUAACAGGAAAGUGAAAAAAUUAGAAAAAGGUCUUAAUACUCCACGUUUAAAUAAGUAA